AAGUAGAACAAUAUCAAGACUUUCUCGCAGGAGGAUAUAUAAUACAAAAUUUUGCGAAACAAUUAAUCAAAAUGUUGCAAUUAGGAAUAAUACCAGAAGAGAUAGCAGAAGAUUAUAUUACCAGUAUUAAUAUAUUUCAAUCAUGGAAAUUAGGUAAGUUUAACGCUCAUCUUAUUUCUCAAGCUAUGGAACGAGUAAGCAGAGAAAAGAUAAUCGCAAUUCCUCAUAAUAUAGAAAGUUAUCUUACUCUUAAUAUUAGAAAUCAAAGAUAUAUAGAUUCUUUACAACUUAUGCCUAGAUUCCUUGAUUCUCAUAUAUCUAACUUAGAAGCUGAAUCAUGUAAAGAGGAAGUAGAUAAAGAUGGAAAUUCUUUAAACUUACCAUGUAAAAAACCCAGUUAUCUUUAUCGAAUUGACUUAGAUAGAUGUUUUGUUCAUCCAGAGAGAUUCACUAUAACUAGAGAAUAUGGACCAAAAAGAAGGGAUGACUUAGUAUUUCGUAAAGCUCUUUUCCUAUAUAAUUGGUUUAAUACACUAGAAAAAAUGGAUGCUACUUCUCUUCCUCCUAUUAAGGCUUUUGACACAGAUUGUUUAGAAGGAUUUCGCAAAUUACUGAAAGGUAAAUUUGGAUUAGAUAUUGCUCACUAUGUUUUUCUUCCUUCAUUUGCAGAAGAUGCUUUAUAUAAAACUACAGAACAAGAGAUUGAGCUAUUUACUGAUAAUAAUAUGUACCUCUUCUGUGAGAAAGAGUCAGAAGAAGCCAUGAAAAAACUCUAUACUUGGCUAUUAUAUGUUGAUACUAAUGCAUUAUAUACUAGAGCAAUGAUGCAAUCUAUGCUAACAGGAGGACAUAGAUGGAUAAUGCCAGAAGAAACUCCAGACCUUUUUAAUAAAAUUACCAAGUGGAAGAUCUCUGAUAAUGCAAAAAAAAGCUAUAUUUUGGAAGUUGAUCUUGACUAUCUAUAUAAAUUACACAAAGCUCAUACUUCAUAUCCUUUAGCUUCUGAAAAUAUCAAGAUUUCUAAAGAGGAAAUGA